AGCUGCCUCAGAACGUGGUGUCGCAGGUGGCUACUGGAACUGACACCCAAGGAGCUGCGUGUCCCCUUGCCGCAACCUCACCAGGCCGAGCUGGCUGGGCCGCGGAGCCGCACUCUCUACCCCUAACCCACGCUGUAGCCGCGUCGUGGCCUUGGCUCUGCUUCACUCAGAGAUACUGGAUCAGGUCGGUGUCUGCCAGAUGCCGGAGAGUUGGUGCGAGCUACCUGCAAGAUAGCUUAAACUUUCCCUGGGGAUUCCUCUACCAGUCCGUUAGAUCGUGUUGUGAAUUUCGCCAAAUACCAAAAUAAAAUACUCCCUCCAGUGCUCUUUUGGGAUAUUAUGACUUUUCUCCUUAAAAAUUGACGAAAAGACUAGGAACUAUCUUGUUUUCAGAGUCUGGGAUAAAGACUAGCAAAUGAGAAAGCUAUGUCUUUGCGGCCCUUCCCUAACACCUCCAGAGGAGCUUCGUUCCUAACAUUUUUCUAGCCAUCAGAUUUCUCCAGAGCAAUGACCCAGAAGACGUAAUCAGUUUACGAUUAGAGUGACAUUGUUCCCACAGCCCCCAAAAUGGCAGCUAAAAUGGAGAUAGCUUUGAGUACCCACACUGAGGAUUCUGACAAGCAAGAGAGACACAUAAUGAAGCUGGAAGAAAAACGUGGCCCCCCUCAGCAAUAUCCUGAUCCUGAGCUUUCCCGCCAGAGCUUCAGACACUUUUGUUAUCAAGAAGUGUCUGGGCCCCAGGAAGCGCUCUCCUGCCUUCGACAGCUCUGCAGACAGUGGCUGCAGCCUGAACUACACACUAAAGAGCAGAUUUUGGAGCUCCUAGUGAUGGAGCAGUUUCUGGUCAUCCUACCUCCAGAGAUCCAGGCACAAGUCUGGCAUCGGUAUCCAAAGAGCAGCAGGGACGUUGUGACUCUGGUGGAAGAUUUGCACAGAGCAUCCAAAAAACCAAAGCAGUGGGUGACCGUUUGUAUGCAAGGGCAAAAGGUGCUCUUAGAGAAAACAGGAGCUCAACUCGUAGAACCAGAACUUCGAGACUUUCAACCCCAAACUCCUAGCAGAGAUAUUCAGGAGAACUCUCUAGAAGAGCCUUCCUGGGAAGGAUCUCAUGAGCAGCUGAGUCCUCACCACUGGGAGAAGUCUCUCCUCCAGGAACCAGUCCUCAGAUUGACUGAGACAGAGUCCUCCAGAGUGAGAAGUGACGACAAGGAAAAUCCACAACAGGAGGGAGCAAGAGGAACAAAGGUAUGCACAGUCUUACGUGGAAGACCUAAAGGGGGUACCAUGCAAAGCCCUGAGCCAGGAGGGGUGACGGCAAGUGACCCCCGAUUGCUGCAGUGGCAAGUCAGAACCCCACAGUCUCUCAAGCCACUUGCCCACUACCAGAGACGUUGCAGAGAGCUGGAAUAUUUCAGCAACCCCCUUAGAGGCCACCUGCUGAGAGAAUUAAAGAGAAGAAGAGGCCAAAGAAGCCUGAGCAGCCUUCUGCAGCGUCUUGGUCACCAGGCAGCCCACCCAGCCAAGAAACCUUACAGCUGUGACGACUGUGGGAAGAGCUUCACGUGGAAUUCUGAGCUGAAGCGACACAGGCGAGUGCACACCGGGGAGAGACCCUACAUCUGUGGGGAGUGCGGAAACUGCUUUGGGAGACAGUCGACUCUGAAACUGCACCAGAGAAUCCACACUGGGGAGAAGCCAUACCAGUGCAGCCACUGUGGCAAAUGCUUCCGCCAAAGCUCAAACCUCCACCAGCACCACAGGCUCCACCAUGGGCACUGA